GGGGGGGGGCGGGGAGGAGCCCGCUGUGUAAUACGCGUACGGAGGCUCACGAGGUUCUGGUAGCGCCGCACUGCUUGGAUCUCAGGCUGUCUGAGCACGUUAUAAAUCAAGAAGAGUUGAGAAUCUGAUGGCAUGGCCUUAAUUACCUUGAGGAGGAACCUUUGCCAUUUGUCUGAUUUUCGGAUCCACGGAGCUCUGGCUGCUCUGAAAAACCAUCCUGUAAUUCAUGUUCACAAGGUAGCCGAGGAGCGUCUGUGUCCGUGGUUCUGUUCACCACAGUCUGAGCCUUUCAAGGUCAGGUUCCGUCAUGGCUGUUGUAAAAAAUUCCAUUCAGAAAAUGGAAAUGACCUUCAUCCAGUGGGUGAGCCAGUGUUCUCUCAAGCACAUGACUGGGAUAGGCCUGAGCAAAAUCUUAAAAGUGUGGAUGAACAGAUGUUUUACGGGAGACUAAACAACUUCACCUCAUCAGAAGAAGUGUUAAGUUUUAUAAGCGCACUGCAAACUUUGCCUGAUACUCUAGUGGCAGGAGCCUUGCACCGGAUUUGUGAGGUGGAAAAAAAAGAUGGUGAUCAAAAGCCACCAAAAGAAAUCCUAAAGAAUAGUGUCUUUCAAGCCUUAUGCAUUCGGUGUGAACAGGAAUCCUCAAGUCUGCCAGACACUGUUUUGGUGACUGCUUUGCACGCCCUGACUCUGUUGCAUGUGGAUCCCCAAAGUAGCUUGUUACUGAACUUGGUGGCAGAAUGCCAGCGUCGUCUCAAAAGGGGUGGUCUGGAAGUUCACAGUCUUUGUAUUCUUGGGGAAAGUCUGAUUAAACUGCAAGGUCCAGGCUGUGCGACGCUAGAACUGAUUAUAUAUCAACUGCAAGGUGAAAAAUUGGAAGAAUUUACUCCUGAGGAUAUUGUGGCCCUUUAUAGGAUCCUGCAGGCUUGUACUGAAAAAGUGGACCAACACCAAGCAUUUCUAAACAAGCUGAACAAUUUUUCUCUGUCAAUAGUUUACAACUUGAGUCCUACGUUGAUAAGCCAAAUGAUCAGUGCCCUAGUGGUUCUUGAUCAAACUCAGGCACUUCCUCUGGUUAUAAAAUUGGGAAAAUAUGCUGUGAGGCAUAUCCCUCAUUUUACUAAUGAAGAGCUCAGAAAAGUCUUAGAGGCUUUCAUAUACUUUGGGCAUAGUGACAGAUUUUUUACAAAAGCCCUAGAGCAACAUGUAGCUUCAGUGUGUCUCACUUUGGAUCCUGAGGUUGUGAGCAAGGUCAUGGAGUAUUGCAGUAGGAAACACAUUCUUUCAAAACCCAUCCUCGAUGCAGUGGCAGAAACCUUUGUCUGCCAGUCAGAAAAAUUUUUGCCUCAUCAGAUUUCUGAGUUAAUUGAACCAUUUGGAAAACUCAAUUAUUUGCCCCCAAAUGCCUCUGCUUUAUUUAGAAAGCUAGAAAACAUGUUGCUCACUCAUUUCAAUUCUUUUCCACCCAAAACACUACUGAAAAUUCUCCAUUCAUGUUCACUAAUUGAAUGCCAUCCGGUCAACUUCAUGGCAAAAAUAUUCAGCCCUUGUUUUCUUCAAAAGCUGCAAGGCGAAGAAUUGUUUUUGGACAAACUGAGCCUCGCGCAGCUGACCCAACUGUUCUUAACCUCAGUCCUAGAAUGCCCUUUCUAUAAGGGUCAAAAACUUCUUCCUAAAUAUCAAGUGAGGUCAUUUCUUACUCCGUGCUCUUCUCUGGAGACGCCUUUGGAUUUUCAUCUUUACAGAUCUGUGAAGAUUGGACUGAUUGACCUUUUGGGAGCAAGAGUGUAUUUUGCUUCAAAAGUGUUAACGCCCUAUUGUUACACAAUAGAUGUUGAAAUCAAAGUAGAUGAAGAAGGAUUAGUACUGCCAUUUACAGUCAGAGAAGAUGUGCAUAAAAGGGUAGCACUGUGCAUUGAUGAUCCAAAAAGAUUUUCUCUGGAUAGCAAACACCUACUGGGGAAGGAAGCUAUUAAACAGAGACACCUGCGCUUGCUUGGUUAUCACGUUGUUCAGAUCCCUUAUUAUGAAAUCAAGAUGCUAAAAUCAAGAGUGGAAUUGGUGGAGUAUUUACAAAGAAAACUAUUUCCUCAAAAUGUGGGCAUUCGUUGGUAACAGAAGGAAUCCUGGCUUUAGGACUCAGACAGUGAAAACCUUGUGUUUUCGUGGGACUCAGUACAAAACCAGAACGUAUGUUGUGUUUCGCCGUGCGUUUGUGGACUGUGGUGAUCUGGAAAGGGUCUAGCUUUCCUUAUACCAUGUAUACACUUACCAGUGGUAAAUUUAAAAUAAAUCUUUAUUUUUAUUUAAUACUAUUAUAGGUCCUUUUAUACAUGAAGCAAGCGAUCGAGUACAAUAAAGGAAC